UUUCUAGAAACUAGCAACGUCCCUCCCUGCCUCUUCGAAAAACGCAAUUUCCCACGAUGAUGGCAUUACAUAAAGUAUUGUAUCCGUAAAGAGGGCAGAAAGGAACACUCCCAGAGCUAAGUUUUACCGACAACUGUUGCACUGAGUAAUAAGUGACAUGGGUGAGGAUGAAGAACAUUCUAAGCACAGCAAAACAGGUUAUUCAAUAAGGUGUGAAUUGCCAGGAAUUCAAACUGAAGUGAAACAAAUAUGUCAAAAUAGAUUAAUAGGAAAUAGAGCUGACUUGGAGAGUCUUUUCCAAUUCAGGUACGUUGGUCUAAAGUUUGAAAUUCACUUUACAUUCCUAAAAACACACACUUUAGUGAGUAAUCCUGCAUGUGGCUGUGCAUGUAAGGGAGAGCGAGAUGAGGUAGGAUACACUUGGCCCUGCACGUGUUUCAAUGAGUGGGCGGCAGGUAACAAAAUACAGAAAAAACAAGUCUCUUUUGUAACUUGAUUCUAGGAGUGUGCAGAACCAUACCCAGGUAAUCAGUAACCAGACGGGAUCAUCCGAUGAGACAAGAGGUGGUGUGAUGUGAGCUCCUCCUCACCCCAAUUCUGACUACAAACUGCAAUCUUUGUUAAAAGUCUAUCCUUUUUGUAACGUUCUCUCUCUGGAUUUUUGGGGGCACUCUCAGUCCUUCCCUGGUCCCUUUAAUUCCCUUUCACUCAAAUCCCACUCUUUACAACCUCUCUGCAUUUUUCUCUCUCUUUGUGUUGUCUCUAAUUUGGCCAUCGUUACUAUAUUUCAUCCAAUCUUCUUUGUCGCAAGACCUCAUCAUGAAGGCGAUUGCCCCUCUUCUGCUCUUAAUCUGCUGUUCACUGCUGGCUCCCCGAGGGAUUAAAGGCGAUGAAGAGGAUUAUGGAGAAGAAAUGGUCCUCUCCUUUGCUCAGCAAGAAGAAAUACAGAUAGAACCCGACAAAGUGUCAGCUCCUGGGGUUUUCUAUUGGAGCAAUAAGGUAACUUCUUUUUUUUAAAUUAUUAUUAUUAUUAUAAGAGUUGUCAAUUGCGGAACAUGAAAAACUAGGUUUUGAGAAACUGAAGGUAAUAGCAAAUGUUAUUAAUUAUUUACCUACCUUUUUUAGCAGUGUCAAUUAUAGGUUUUUAAGGGCCCUCACAGAAAAGAGCCAAAUGAGACCCCCAUCUCAUUAUACACAAAUUAAAGGAUCACUAUAGUGUCAGGAAAACAUAGCGGUUUUCCUGACACUAUAGUGCCCUGAGGGUGCCCCCACCCGUGGCGCUGAAGGGGUUAAAACCCAUUCAGCAGCUUACCUUAUUCCAGCGCCAAGGGACCUCUCUUCCCCCGCCGACAUCAUCUCCCUGGACAUCCAUUGAGGUUUCAGGAAGUUAAACUCUGUGAAACUGCAGGAAGUGCCAUUAGUAGAGGCAGUCUUAAACCUGCAAUGUAAACAUUGCAGUUUCUCUAAAACUGCAAUGUUUUACACUGCAGGACUAUGUGGGACUUGGACACUGCACCCAGACCAUUUCAGUGAGAGAGUCUUGUUGCCUAUAGUGUCCCUUUAAACCCUUAAGGACCAAACUUCUGGAAUAAAAGGGAAUCAUGACAUGUCACAAAUGUCAUGUGUCCUUAAGGGGUUAAAGAUACUGUAAGAAGAAUAAGGAUCAUUUCCCCUUAAUCUUUAUCCUUUUUUAUUAUUAUUCUGCAUUCUGUUAUGUUCAUACACUCACUUUACUAACAGUAAAUAUACUAAAUCAGCACCUUCCUGUUCUGCAAAUUAGGAAGUUUAACCUUUUCAGUGCAAACGCUAUUCAUCUAUGUCAUGGUAGAAGGACACACCUAUCUUUCCUGAACCACUGCAUAUUUUAGAAUGCAGCCCUUCCUGUACCAAGGCUGUACUAGGCCUCCUUCUACCAAAGUUGCACCACCAAGGCUGUGCCAGCCCUCCCUGUACCACAGCUGCACAAGGCUAGCAGUCCCUGUACCAGGUCAGCCCUCCCUGUACCAAGGCUGUACAAGGUUAGCCCUCCUUGUACCAAGGAUGCCCCAGCCCUUCCUGUAAUGCAAGGAUUCACACCUUUUUGGAAGCCUGGUCUGUCAUGCUCUGUACCAAAGAUGGAGUCUUGGGGUAACUGUAAUAUUGUCUCAUUGUUCUUAUCCCUGAAGACAGAGACCCCAAGAUGAGAACUGACCAUGUCUGUUUUGCAGGAUGCAUGGAGGAUUGCGGGUCAGUAUAUAGUGGUGCUGAAAGCUAAUGUUCACAAAUCUCAGACAGAGAGAGUCAUACGGCGCCUGCAGACAAGAGCAGCCAAGCAUGGCUAUCUGACGAAAAUUGUCCAUGUGUUCCACGAGCUUUUCCGGGGGUUUGUGGUCAAGAUGAGCAGUGAUAUGUUGGAGAUGGUAAGUGUCUCAUUUUUGGCAAUGAAAGUUCUGCAAUAGAUAUUACGUCUAUUAUACUUUGCAUCUUUUAUCUGCUCUACGCUAUGCUUUAGCACGUCUCAAGUGUGCGGGCAAACUUGUGCGAGAACUCACUUCAACCAAAUUAUUGAACUCUGCAUCAUAACCAGUUAACAAUUAAGGUGGCUGUGAUGGAAAUAAAAGGAAAUGUAACUGUAGUUUUGUAGCAGUAAUGAAUAUUGGAUGCCUCAUGUCUGUGAACCCUAUAAUUGCCUUAGAGCAUUGCAUGUGACUAUGGUGCCAGUUCAUACGAUACAUCAUCUUUAUCCAGCAUGAUUCAUUUAGUAUUAAGCCCUGUAGGUCUAUGCUUUGCCCAUCUGUUCAUUGAUUUCCUUAUUCUAACUUCGAUACCGAUUGCCUCUAUUUUCUUUCUGCUGAUUUGUAAUAUAAAUACUGAACUGAACCUUUAACUAAACUAAACUGACUCCAUUCCACAUCCAGGCGCUGAAAUUGCCCCAUGUGGAUUACAUUGAGGAAGAUUCGUAUGUUUUUGCUCAGACUAUUCCAUGGAAUCUAGAUCGGAUCAUUCCUUCACAGCACGUGGCCAGCAACUUCAACCCUCCAAGUAAGGACGCAUAUUAUUUUGGUUUGCAUUUCUGAGCUUGUCCCAGCUAUCUGUCUGUCUUAAAGGGUUACUCCAAGCGUAUUAACCAAUAAAGCCUGCUGUAGUGAUUAUGGUGCCAGGAGUAUUCUGACUCCAUUACCAGGAAUGAGGAAAACUGUUUUACAAGCUCCUGAUCUCCUAUCUAGCGAGUGACAACAUCCAGCUCCAUCAGACAUACAGAAGCCAGGCUAUACAGACGCUGCACAGAAAGACUCCAAGCACCAUGACAACUUCAAAUUACUGAGGUGGUCAUGGUUCUGGAUUAACCUUUUAACAUAGUGACUUUUAUUCAUAUUGUAUAGUCAUCGUAUACCAGCAGUGGUUAACAUGGGUAGAUGAGUUGGGGGGGAAAAUUUAAGUAAGUAUUUUUUCCCCAGAUUGGCUAGUUUGACUUAAAAUUUGCAAUUUCUUGUCUGUUCCCCCAAAUUUACAGUUUAGAGAAAAUCGAAAUGGAUAUUGCAGAUUUUAGCACAAUAGCUGAAAUGGAAAGGAAAAAAAAUCUCCUACUCGGAUAUCUUUCAAGCUCAGCCAUUAUGACCUAAAAUAGAUGGUGUCAGAGGACUCCAGGCACCAUAACCACUUAACUGAAGCAGUCCUGAAAUUAGAACAUUGUCUGACAUCAGAAGUACACAAACUGAACUUAUGGUAUUCAGCAAAUAUGAUGGCACUUCAAUUGUGAUCUUCCCAUGGGCUAUCCUGAGUGGCAGUCUGGUCGCUGGAAGGCUGCUUGACAAGUAUACACUGAGAGAGAUGAGGAAGAAAUUACUUUUUAACUUGGUUCUUAGAUACAUGUGAUUUAGAAAUGUUGACCUGAGGCUUUCCAUAUAUUACUAGACAACAAUACUCAUAAUUCUCUUCCACCAAUAGGAAUGCAAAACCUGGAACUUUGGUCCAGCAAUGUAUGAGGGCAUUCUGACAUCCAUGAGCUAAUAAAUAAACAAACUUUUCUGUGUUUUUUGCUUAGACACCGGAGACUUGGUAGAGGUUUAUCUGUUGGAUACCAGCAUCCACAGCAAUCACAGAGAAAUUGAGGGGAAGGUUUUUGUGACCGACUUUGAAAAUGUUCCAGAAGAAGAUGGAACGCGAUUCCACAGACAGGUUAACAACUCUAAUUCUCUUGUAGAGCAAGAAUAUCAAAACUAUCUAGAUUACCGAUUUAUCAAUUAAUUUACAGUUGCAAGAAAAAGUAUAUGAACCCUUUGGAAUGAUAUGGAUUUCUGCACAAAUUGGUCAUAAAAUGUGAUCUGAUCAUCAUCUAACUAGGUCUUCUGAGAGCUCUUUUGUGCAAGGCAUCAUUCACAUCAGGCAAUGCUUCUUGUGAAAAGCAAACCCAGAACUGGUGUGUGUUUUUUAUAGGGCAGGGCAGCUGUAACCAACACCUCCAAUCUCAUCUCAUUGAUUGGACUCCAGUUGGCUGACAUCUCACUCCAAUUAGCUCUUGGAGAUGUCAUUAGUCUAGGGGUUCACAUACUUUUUCCACCUGCACUGUGAAUGUUUACAUGGUGUGUUCAAUAAAAACAUGGCAACAUUUCAUUCUUUGUGUGUUAUUAGUUUAAGCAGACUGUGAUUGUCUAUUGUUGUGACUUAGAUGAUGAUCAGAUCACAUUUUAUGACCAAUUUGUUCAAAAAUCCAUAUCAUUCCAAAGGGUUCACAUACUUUUUCUUGCAACUGUAUGUUGUGUAUAAAGUGUAUGUGUGUGUAUAUAUAUAUAUACACAAAAGAUAGUUAGCUUGGCACUCACCCUUUCUCCACUUGAGUAGGUUCACGUAUGCCUUGGUGCGAUCCCACGUUGUAGAAUGUAUAUGGAUGAGUAAGAGAUGCACUCUGAGGUCUUUUUAAACAAAUAAAUUAGUAUUUAUUCCAAAUAGAGUUACUACAUGUAAUCCCAUCGACUGGUCGAAACGUCGAUCGGAUGACAUGUAGUACCUCUAUUUGGAAUAAAAUGCAUCUCUUACUCAUCUAUAUAUAGAUGUGUAUAUAUCUAUAUAUUGCCUUGCAAAAGUAUUCAUACUUCUUGAAAAUGAAAAAACAUAUUUGCUCUAAUAGUAUCUAAUAGUACCUGAGUACGAUAUAAAGAAAAACUGAAAUAUGCUGUUUAUAUAAAGGAACACUAUAGUGUAAGGAACACAAAGCUGUAUUUCUAACACUGUAGUUUUCCUGUGCCCCCUCCCCCACAGUGGCCUUUUAAAACACUCACCUUAUUUGAGUGCUGAGGUCCAUCGGCGCUGGCUCCGUCUCUGCCUCUUCUGACAUCCAUGCCGAGGGGAACCCCAUUGCGAGUUCACGGCAAAGUCUGUGCAUGCAUUAGGCCUUCCCCAUGGGACAGCAUUAAAUCAAUACUUCCCUAUAGGGGAUUUGGAGACUCUGGAUGUUCUCAUGAACAUUGUGAGUAGUCCAGCAUCGUUUCGUGGAAAUAAUCUCUGUGAAACAGCAGAAAGCGCCUUUAGUGGCUGUCUCGUACUGCAACCGCAAUGUUUUAGAUUGCAGGUUUAAGGGCACUGGGCCACUGCACCCAGACCACUUCAAAUUAAGUAUUCAGUCCUUCAUAUUAAUAUUUAGUAGCAUUGCCUAUUGCUGUAAUAGCAGCUUGAGGCCUUUGGGGCUGGUAUCUUCUGGGCUUGCAGACUGGCUUGGAGUCAUUUUUGCCAAAACGUCCUGCUGAUUUGCUCCAGGUGGUUCAGGUUGGUUAUGUAGACUGCAAUGUUCAAAUAGUGUCAAAGAUCCUUAGCUGGGAUUUGAAAGCGUAUUCAAGGUUGUUCAGUGAAGUGAGAAUUCAAAGUAAAUUCAUAGAAAAUUUCAUAUUGAAGGCGAACUGGAAACCUAGCUAAUUGACUUGACAGAAUGUAAUAGUUUUAUUUAAAAACACCUCACCUAGGCAAAAAAAAGAUGGGGGUUUAGUUACAUUAUAUGAUCAUAUAUUGCAUAAGCCUGCCACAACGUCCCCCAAUGUACCCCAUUCUUGGCAGUUCCCACUCUAGCAGCCUAAUAAAUCGAUGUUUCGACCCAAUUUGGGUCUUUCUCAAGAUCUUUCUUGUGACUUUAUGAAAGACCCAAAUUGGGUUGGAACGCUGAUUUAUUUUUGUACACAGCAACUAUGGAUAUUUGAGUUACAUUAAAGCACCAAAGUUUGUUUUGUGAGACCUGUGAGUGCAGCCUAUUUCUGUAUUUUUAUAUAAUCAACGUGUUUUUUUGUACCCAGGCAAGUAAUAUUCUUAUACACACACACACACACACAAUACACAAGAUCCAGCGCACUCACUCAUACACUAAACAGCAACAUGCAAGCUCACAGAUGCAAGCACACCUAAUCUAGGCAAAAACAAUGGGGGUUUAGUUACAGUAUAUGAUCAAACAAUGCAAUAUGGUUUUAUAUAUAAACACACACACAUUUUUGUGUUAAGGAAAUGUUUUAUAUGAACUUUGCUUGAAGUAUUCAACAUUGUGGCUCUUUGGGGCAUAUAAGGCUUUUACAAACAAUAAUAAAUAUUGUAAUAUUUUCACCUAAUUAAAAUGUCUCUUUGUGGCAGGCCAGCAAAUGUGAGAGCCACGGGACACACAUGGCCGGCGUGGUGAGUGGUAGGGAUGCCGGUGUAGCUAAAGGAGUCAAUUUGCGAAGUCUCAGAGUACUAAAUUGUCAAGGCAAAGGCACUGUGAUUGGAAGUCUGACAGGCAAGUAUUGGCGUUUGGUAUAGAUUGUGGAAAAGCAUGCUUACAGCACAAGUGGUUCAGGUUUGUCUGUAUAGUGCCACAAACCCGCCAGAGCUGUAGAACUUUUCUGAUUAACAUGUAAUUACCCUUUGCACUGUGUUCUCCAAAACCCCUGUUUAUUUAACAAAUUAACAAAGUGGAAGGGAUGCAUUGAAAUCUUUAAAACGGCACUUUGCAUAGUUUGCAGACCCCGAUGGUGACAACUCCGCUGGGGGUCAGGUGGCCGGGGUGCCGGCAAAAGUGAGUUUUCCUUACGUGAACCUGCCCCUCCCGGGUGCUGCCAUUUUCUUCCAGCCAGUCCUCUUGUUGGUCACUGCUGUACUCUCGCGCAGGCAGUGAUCAGUAGUCAAUGUAUGUACAAUCAGCUCACAGAGAAGGAAGGUGAUCUGCGGUCAUUGUAAUUAGAGAAACCAGGGUCAUUAUAGGUCGUAAAAUGAAUACCUUGCCAGUGUAAUUGCUGAGCUGGCAGUACAAUGCCCCUUUGCUUUCUUGGUAUACUGCCCAGGCUGUUCUGUGGAUUUAGUGACGCUUGGGGCAGUGUAAUUUCUAUUUUCUUUUUGCUUAUUUUUAGCAUUUUAUGUAUAUAGAACCGAAACUGUAAUUUAGAAAGUGUUAAUGAAAACAAAUUGAGUUUUCAGCUUUAAUAUAAGAUAACAUACAUGCUGCUAGACAUAUUAUAUCAAAAAAAGAAUAUGGUGAUUCCUAUACAAAAUGGGGUGGGAGCAUAUCACAAACAGCUUAGAAAAGGAGUCCAAAAUUGCAACUGUCCUAUCCACUUUGAACAUUAGGGAGGUAUACCUCCAUUAACUGUUUGGGGUUUAUUCACUUAACUUGAAAAUGUGGAGAACUGAUUUUUAAAAAAAAUGGUCAAUUUGGGGAAUUUUUUUUAGCUGAUUUGUAAAAUAGAAUAUUUUGGCCUAUAAUUUGCAAUCCCAUGUGUCAAUUCUCCACAAUCCACAUUUAUUGAACAAACUCUCUUGAAUCCAUUGUGAUCAAACACAGAGUAAUGCUUCCCUAAAACGAAAUCACUGUUCAAAAUGUUUUGUUUUAUCAUCAGGCCUAGAGUUUAUCAGAAAGACAUUAAUUUCGCAGCCAUACAAUCCUCUGAUCAUCCUGAUCCCAUUUGUUGGAGGAUACAGCCAAACACUUAAUGCAGCAAGUCGAGCUUUGGUUAAGUCAGGAGCGGUGAUAAUUGCAGCGGCUGGAAACUACAAAGAUGAUGCCUGCUUGUAUUCGCCUGCUUCGGAACCCGAGGUAUAUUACAUCAAAAUAUAACGAAAUAGAAAUAUAUUUAAAAAUCCUCGCCUUUGUAAUAAAGCCGGGAGGUCCAUCCUAACUAGAAAGUUUAAGAAGCUACUGCUCCACGUUGAAGAUACACAGAGUAGAUCUACAUUUAUAUCCAGAAAAGCGCUAUAUGUGCAUAUUGUUUGUUUUAAAGGGUGCGAUAUGUCAACUACUCUUUAAUUUAAAGUGCACCUCUGACUUCCAACGAAGAUUUUACUCAUAUUUUUAAUUUCUACUUUUUAUCGAAUAGGGACUUUAAGUCCUUUUGUGAAAACUACCAACCAGAAUCUUGGCGAAUGAGUGGGUGGAUUUUUGACGCUUUUAUUGCCUUAAUGCUACUUAAGCAACAAUUGACUUCAGGUUGUGCAAAAUAAAAUAUCCACCUCUGAAUUAUAUUCAGCAGCACACGGAAUAGUCCAAAAUAUAGUAAAAUGGUUGUAUAGAGCUGGGUAAUUGGUCCCUUCUUCUAAACCAUAUAAUACAAGAUUAUUAGUGUGUGAAAAAAAAAAUACAGGGAACAAUAUGUCAAGGAAGGGGAAGGUGAAACACAAAGAAGAAAGCAAAUGCAACGCAGAACUUACUGCUAGCUGUGAACCAUUCUAUAAAAAGGAGAUGUAAAUGAUUGAAAAAUCCACUUGAUUACAUAUGAGAGAGAGAAAUGGAUUGCAUAUAUUAAAGAUAUGUUCUAAAUGGAAGCAGGGUGCUAAUUGUGAAUCGAUCAAAAUAGCCACUUUUGGAACGUGCAAGCUGAUUUUUUUAAAUUUAGCACAAUUCUCCAGAACUGUCUCAACUUCUCCUUGAUGAAUAUGGUUUAAUUCUGUGGAUUUCUAUGGACUUCCAAUGAAUGCAGUAUAAUCAUAGUCAUUAUGUAAAUAAAAGUAGUCAUUAUGGUACUUACCUGGUCCCGUUCGCAGGUAUUGCACACUAACAUCUGGAUUUCAUCAACUUACAGGUUAUCACUGUUGGAGCCACCAACUACCAGGACCAGCCAGUAACUUUAGGUACCCUUGGAACCAAUUUUGGCAACUGUAUUGACAUAUUUGCACCAGGUGAUGAUAUAAUUGGGGCGUCCAGUGACUGCACGACUUGCUUUACAUCCCAAAGUGGAACGUCUCAAGCAGCAGCCCACGUGGCAGGUAUAAAUUGAAAAAAAUACGCAAUAUAUGCAUUUUUAACCAAUUAGUUUUCAGAUAUUUAGCCCAGUCUCAGUGGUAUUAUGUUAAGAAUCAUUAUGCAAUAUCUAAUUAUCUUCCACAGUGUAGUCUAAACUUCAGCCUGUCCAAACGCAACCAAACUGUUUAAAUUGGAAUCGAAUUAUAAAUACCCAGAAACUGCAUAGAAUAAAUCUGUACUAUGGGUCUGCUGCCACUACUAGCAGACAUCAGGCAAAUUGUUUAAAAACAUGUAUCUGACUUGGAAAAUAGAUUUAGUUCUAGAUGGUGAAAGCCCAGAAGUUGUGACAUACAGGAUAAAAUCCCUCACAACUGGAGGUGAUAAAAUACCCAUAAUGCAAUGUUUAAACAUGCUCCCAUGUGCUAGGUCUUCCUCUAGAUUCCUAAGAUUUUUAUGUAGCCGAACAGAGGUUAAAACUAAACAAGCACAACCCAAGGCACUGACAGCCAAUGAAGGGCUUUGCCAGCUCUCACCAUCUGUAGAUUAAUUUAUCAGGUAAGAAGCAAAUGUCGUUUUUCUUCCUCGUUAUGUAGUGCACAAGAGUCAUGACAUACAGGAUCAUAUAGCCAAACAGUGCAAGAUACAAGGCCACCUUAAAAUGAAGAGUGGGGACAGACGGUGACUAAACAUAAACAACUGCCCAGAGCACCUUCCUGUCAAAAGCAGUGUCAUCGGAUGCAAAGAUAUAAACAAUAACAUUUGUAAAACACAUGCAAUGACAACCAAGUGGCUGCCUUGACGAUUUGGUCUGUUGAAGCCUCAUGAUGAAAAGUCCACAAGGUAGCUACUUCCUGAGUGAAAAAGGCAGUGACCGUAUCCUGGGGAGUCUUAUUAGCCAGACAGAAGGCUUCCUGAUCAUUCAUGGCAUCUGCCACACAGGACAAGAUGAGACAAGUGCCCCUCCUCCAGCAAUUUCCUUUAGGUGGGGCAUAAGUGUGACAAUGAUGAAACACAUUACGGCUUUGCCACCCUGAAAAUGUUUCUGAAUGCAACAUUGAGAUCAUGGACUUGAGCCAAAAGCAGAGCAGAUAAACAACAUCCCCUGAUAGUAGCUAUGCACCAAACUUGGCACUCUGUCAGACGCAAGUACACACCACGAACAAACCCUGGCCUUUGACCCCUCUGUUAUGCAACCCACCUUUUCCUACCGGUCUUGCCAGCAACUCUAUUGUCUAUCUGUAGAUAGCUUUCCCUAUUUAUCUGCACAUACUACUCAUGACUUUGAGAUAUUCCCAGACUACCAAACCGCUGCUCUAACCUCUGUGCACAGGCUUAUUUGCAAAGGCUGUGCAUUUUUGGUGAUAAACUAGAAAGGGUAUUUCUGUCAUCAAUCAAUUAUUGAUUGACGACAAUUCUCCAAUUCAGUUCUUAUGCCGACUCUGCUAAUUAGGCCUAUUUAUACAAUGUUGGUGUCGAUCAUCACAAUUCACUUUUCAAUAAAAAGCAUUUAACUUGUCAGAGCAGUGAAUAAAGGAGGUGUCCUUGAAAGGGUGAGUUUAACUAUCGGUCAAACAUAUGUUGGUAAAUAGUUCUUUUUAGUUUUUUUUUAUGGCUGACCACUUCAUAAUGCACAUUCAAUGAAAUCCCCAGGUUUACUAAUGUUUUCUCUCAGGUAUUGCAGCCAUGAUAAUGAACAACAAGCAAGACUUGACUGUAUCAGAACUGAGGCAGAGACUGAUACAUUAUUCUACCAAAAAGGUCAUCAAUGAAGUUUGGUUUCCUGAAGAUCAGAGGCUGAUUACUCCGAACCGUGUUGCAGGGCUCCCUGUGAAACUGGUACCAGGUAGGUUUCACAAACUAUUCGAUUUCAGCCAUAAUCAGAUAUUUAUAUGUAUUUGUUAGUUCAUCAUCAAGUGCAAUUGCCAUUUAUCGCAAUUCUGCCCUGGGUUACUCUAUUAAUGCUGCUUAAAAUAGGCCUACAUAACAUUCCAAGAACAUCGCAAAUAUUGAUCAUCAUUUCUCCCAACACAAGAUCAAAGGCUGGCAUUACGGGCAAAGUAGUUGUCAAGGGUAGGUAGCACUGUUCUAAUAAAUACUUGAAUCUAUGUACUGAAUGACGUCUUCUCGUGUAUGAACAGCUAUGAGUAGGUUAUAUAACUAAGUAAUGUCAGCUAGCAUGUAACUGAAUAGACAAACCCUCUGACAUUUCCCCUAAAAUAAAUGUGUCCCUCUUUAGCCCUAUGAAAUGCAGUGAGAUAUGUCUUGUGAGUCUCUGAGUGUGCUUGGCCAUAGGACAAUCAUUCUUUUUCUCCCAUGAAAAAGAUGGAAGGCUGGUAGGACAGCUGAGCUGCAAACUUAGGUGUGGUUCCAUUUAGAUGCACAACUCUGCAAUUCAAAUUCAAUUUCUACAAUUCAUGCAGUUAAGAGAAUGAGAAUGAUGCUUCAAGUUAACAUUCAAAUCAAAAAUACAUUUAAACUUUAUAUUUUUGGUUUCAGAUGAGGAACUGUUUUGUCGAACAGUUUGGUCAAAACCAUCUGGAUUUGCUCGUAAUGCAAAAACAUCUGCUCAGUGCAGUGGGAAUGAAGAAAUGUUUAGUUGCUCGAGUUUCUCCCGAAAUGGGAAGAGGAAAGGGGAACAUAUAGAGGUAAGUAAGGGAUAAGCGAAGUCACAAUAAUAUCUGGGAAAAAUAUACAGGGAAUCCAGGGCCCUUCUCCAAUGCCCUACCUUAACUACGGAUUUCAUCUCUUGACUCUUUAGUCUCUAGGCUUUUUCUUUUAGUUUUGUAAUAAUGAUGCAGAAAACAUCAUCACCAUUUUUCCAUCCUUGGUGUUCCAUUCCACCCUCCACCCAACCCCAGUGCCACCAUCUCCAACCCACCAAAGUGUCACAUAUUCAACAUCAUAACAGCCUACCUACCACAGUCACAGGGGUCGCAGCUGCAACCCCUGCAACCGUGGGUCACCACAACUUCAGGACCAGUGCUCUUUGUGUGAGCACUGCAUGUGAGGUGAGGAGGGUUAAUGAAGGCUGGAUGGGGGGUGAGAGGGAAUGAGGCAAAUGAAGGGGUGAGAGAAUGAAUGAGGCAAAUAGAGGGGCUGAGGGAAUGGACAAAUGGAGGGGUUGGGGGAGGAGCGGGGAAAUGAGACACAUGGAGUAGCUGAGGGGGAGAGAAUGAAACUCGUGGAGGGGCUGGAUGGGAGGAACGGAGACACAUGAAAAGGCUGGGGGGAGUGAAGGAGACACAUGGGGGGUGGGACACAGGGAGGAACUGGGGGGGAAAUGAGAAGCAUGGAGGGCCGGAGGAGGAAAAUUAGAAACAUGGGUGAGGGAAUGAAACACAUGUGGGGUGGGGGCUCUGGGACAAUUUUUGCACCGGGGCCUGGUGGUUUCUAGUUACGCCUCUUGUUGCAUUAACAAAAAAAUAGCAAAUAUUCAAAAAUGGCUAUCCAUCAGAUUUAAUAAAUUGCGCCAAAAAUAAGAAAAUUAUACGUAAAAGUGUAAGCAACACAUUGAUAGAUCUCUCCUAUUUAAUAGAGUCUGCUCAUGCCAUGUUAUUUGGGUUUAGGUUUUUUUUCUUCACUAUAGAAAUGUAUCAUGAAAAUAGUUUCACAUUUUCAAAUAGGAUAUGUGUAUAACCUUUAUUUUAAUUACUCUGUGUGUAUACAGGAACAGGACGGGAAGAAAACCUGCAUUGCCCACAAUGCAUUUGGUGGUGAUGGUGUUUAUGCAAUUGCUCGGUGCUGUAUAUGGUCUAAAGCAAAUUGCCAUGUUAACAUAAGUUCACCCAGUGAAGGAGACUCUGCUUCAACUGCAAGCUGUACAAAUGAGGACCAUAUCUUAACAGGUAUUCAUUUUUGUUUUUAUAUAGAAUUGUUCAGAUGUUGUAUCUGCGGUUGUUCGGAAUCUACAAUUCCCAUGAGUCUUUGCCAAACAUUGAUGUGAUUAUUCGCUAUAUUUAAUUUUUUUGCAAAAUAAAGGCUAAAUAAGCCGAGCUGUAACUAGGGCUGAGUUGUAAAAUUUCUCCAGACCAGAUAUUUUAACCUUCAUCUUUACCACUCAGAUUUAAUUUCAUAUAAUUCAGAGUUUAGUAAAUAAUGCUAUUAAUAUGUUUUUGGACGUCAGCAUUUUAUGGUUUCAAACAGGAUAUUUGGUAGCCUUCUCUGAGACUGUAAAUAUGCAUGAAGUGUGGGCUUUAAAAAAAAAAAAAAAAAUGUAUUUUAGUAAUUUUUGAGGUUAUACAUAUGACACAGAAUAUAUUCAGCAACAGAAUGACAGUACAUAGAUGAAACAAGUGUUGCAUAAUGAUACCCACUUUUUAUAUAUCAACUCGUCAUUUCAAGCAAAAAAAUAAUAGCGUAGACCAGAUAAGCUGGGCUUCGGUAUGUGCGCUUGUGCUACCGGAGAAACCACUCCCAAAACAUGAAUAAUAGGCCAAUAAGAAAUGCUUGUACACAUUGCUACUCCCCUAACCUAUGGGGUAACGGAAAUAGUGUGAACGUUUGCAAAGAAGUUGUCAUUAUAAGGUAGGGAGGCUAUGUGUGAAGACUCUCAUCAGCGUGUCCCCGAGGUUUUUCCCCCUCCAGGGACAAAAGGUACCACAUUGACAACAUCACAGGAGUGCAUAGAAGAAGGUGUGAAGGAGCUUGGUGUGAGACUUGGUAGGCCUAGAAAGUGAUCUCUUCUGCUGGACUUGUAGUCUUAUAUUGCUUGCUGUUAUUGGUCACCAGGAGGGCUCGGGAAGCUGCCCAGCUGCAUGUAAGACUUGAUCUUUGAUUUGACUUGAUGAUGGGCUACAUGAACUUUCUCCGCCCCAAAGUAACUUUACUCAAAUUGUUUUAGAAAGAGAGGGUAGUUGAUUCAAACUUAUAUGGUGAUUUCUCUUGCAAUGUGGACAUAAAGCAAAUUUUAUCAGUGAGCGUUUGGCAUCUCAGGAUAAUGUCCCUAGAAGUACUAACUGAUGCUUGAGGAGAUGUAGAAAUGAUGUAGACCCCAUCAAAGGUAAUUUGCUUAGAUUGUUUAGCAGGUAGCACAGAAGUGAUAAGGUGUCUUAUGUAACAUGGCAGCUCCUCUGGGAUAAGAGUAUCUGCAACUCCUCUGAUUUUGAUAUUCCUCCGUCCGCCUGUCCCUGUCAUACAGGUAGUCCACAUGAUGUGAUAGGGUGGUAUGGGAAGCCUGUAAUUUGUGUACAGAUCCCCCAACACCAUUAGUCCCUGUUUAAUAUCAAGAACACUUAGUUUCUGUACAUUGGGUCCUCUUACAGUUGGUUAAUGUCCUGCUUAGUAGCUGGAGUGUUAUCUUACAUCACCAUUUAUAUUGUAUAUUUUGGUGUUGGAAUGUUAGGGUCUUGGAUUUAUUUCUUUUGGUCAUAUUCUGUGAGGAUCCACAGGUCUCAGAGUUUGAUGGCAUUGCAACCUUAUGACGAGGCAUUCCAAGGAAUAUUUGGCCGAUAUCUCGGGACUCUUAUAGUGCAAAACUUAACAAUUGUACUAAAAUUCACAGAAACCCUUACUGUUCUUAUAAAGCAUUGAUUAUAGGAAAAUCUCAGCAAAGUAAUACAUAGAUGGUUUAACCAUAGGGCAACAAAAGGUGGUCAGCUAGGGUCCAAACAUAAGACAGGGCCCAGGCGUCAUGAAGAUAUAUGGUCAAGCUUGGCCCUUAUUUACUAUUAGUAUAAUAGAAGUGAAGAGAGCCUCCAAACCCAUAGUUUACCUAGGGAUUAGUGGGAUCUUAAAGCAGCUCUGUUACUGUAAACUUUCUUUUCUUAAAUCGAUUCCUCUAAUCCACCCUCUUUUCUUGAUUUCUGAUCUUCUUGCAAAAUACCUAAAAUAAAGUAGGGACUAGUCCUAACAACUCUCAAGGAAAGCUCCACUUCCUUUGUCAAGUUCCAUUUUCUCAUAAUACUCACCAGCCCAUCGUGUCCCUCCCCUGUAUUCUCGCUACUCCACCUCAGUACGUGUGCCCAAUACAAGCUCCUUUUGCUGCUGGGAAUGCGUGGACAAUGUAGCAUUGCUCCAGCAGUGGCAUGCGCAGCAAUUACAUUGGGAAUGCGAAGUAUGGGCAGAUGGGAGCAAACUGGUAACAUCACUGCUAGAAAUCUCAUAAUGGCAGUGCUGAAAUAAUGCAAUUUAUUAAAUUUCAUUAUUUUAUAAUACACUAUUGUAAAGCGCAUUAAAAAAAAGAAUAGGUCAAAUUUGGCAUUGAGUGACUUUACUUUCUGUAAAAAUACCUCAAAAUUUAAAAAAAUCAUCAAAUCAUUGAUCACUAAGCUUUUUGUCUGGCUGAGUGUCAUGGGAAUGUAGUUCAGAAACAUCUACAGUGCCAAAUUAAUCUUUGGCACUACAGGCUGAGCAAUGCAUAGUGGGAACCGUAGUUAGUAAUCACUUUAACCUGUUUCUUAUUGUUUGACAGGCUGCAGCUCCCAUUCAUCAUCUGGACAUCACAGUGACUCUAUAAGACCUGUACAUAGCUCUGAAACAAAGGAUCCCGUUUGUGAAGGGAAAAGUGAAGCGACUUCUCAUGCCCUGUGCUGCCAUGCGCCAAAUAUUGCAUGCAAAGUGAAGGAAUAUGCUCCUGUGGGCUUUACAGACAAGGUAAGAUUUCUACUAUAUAUGUUUAUUGGCACUCAGUGCUAUUAAAGUGGACCUGUUAUCGUGUUAAACACAUUUACAUAUAGCAACUUCAUGUUAGACUGGGUAGAGGAUAAAGAGAUAUGCAAGUGGGGGUGCGGGCAGUUAGAGAUCACAAAGGGACUUGAUGGAGUGAGAGACACACAAAGGGGCUUUUGGGAGAUAGAGACAGACAAAGGGGCUGGGGAUGAAAGAGAUACACAAAGGGACUUGGGGGAAAAACAAACAAAGGGGUUGGGGAAAAAAGACACACAAAAGGUCUGAGGGAAGUAAGAGGCACACAAAUGAGCUAGGGGGGAAGUAAUAUACACACAAAGGGGUAGAUGGGGGAGUAAGACACACACGGGCUGGGGGAGAUAAGAAACAAUGAGGGAGUAAGAUACACAGGAUAAAAUAAAUUAAAAGGGGUGUAAGACACACAAUGGGGCAAAACAAUACCCUAAAGGGUGUUUAGGACACAAAUGAGGGAUAUGAUACACUAAAGGUGGGUUGGGAGACACACCAGUGAAGAUACAUUUGGGAUGGGUGGGUCAAAAUGCAUCUUUGUCUGUGUAGCCAAAAAUCAUUGCACCAGCCCUACACUUGGUCAGGGCUGGAUUUACACAUCAGUUGCCUGUAGGCACAAAAUUCUAAGGCACCCCAAACUCUCUCACCCCAAAUAAGCUUGAAUAAUGCCACUAGAAUACAUUUAUUAACUGGACAGUGCAGGCCUAAAAACAUAUAUUCAUAUUUGAGAACUAUGUAUAAAUGUAUGCAUGUGCAUAUUUCCUCUCUGCUUGUAGUGUAUUGUGAUUGACUCUGAAUGUAUGCAACUGUGUAAAUGCAUUCAGGUUAAAUAUAAUGUUAGAAAUGGUUAGGGCAAAGGGAGAUUUGAGGUUUGGGAGAGGUAAAUUUCAGAAGUAUAUUACUUAGGAUGUUUAGAAGAUUAAUAUCUUGAGAGGGGUUAAAGUUGUAGCAUAAAGGCUGUUUAAAGGAACACUAUAGGCACCCAGACAACUUCAGCUUAUUGAAGUGGUCUGGGUGCAUUGACAAGGUCCCUUAGUUGGGUUUAAAGGAACACUGUAGAGUUAGGAAUACAAAGCUGUAUUCCUGUAGUGUAGUGAACCUUUAACCACUAGUCUCAGGAUGUGAAAAUAAAGCACACUUUGUGGCACAAUAAAUGAAAGUUGAAACUCACCGUAAUGAGAGCAUGCAUGCUGCUUUCUAAUUUGGAUUCAUGCGACAGAUUGAAUAUUUCCAUUUAAAAGCACACAACAAACCCUAGAAGGCCAUAGAAUGUUUUUUUGUGUGUGUGAUGUUCUCUUACGUUAUACUUCUUAGAUUCACUUUAAAAAAUGUGGACAUAAAAAGGGGCUGUUAAGGCAAGCAGUGACACUAUGAUGUCACUGCAUUGGAAAGGCUGUCUCAUUAUUAUACUACUGUAUAUCCGGCAUUACAUCAGGAAUACGAGGUUUAGGGUUAAAUGUUAUAUAGGUUAAAGAAAUUCUUGCCUUCAACGUGCUGUGGACUGUAACACCUCUAAAUCUCAGCCAAACUUCUCAAAUGACAGUUGACAUUACCAAUGGAAUAGAUCACGAUGAAGAUUUAAAUUUCUUUUUGCAGGUAACGGUUUCAUGCGAUGAGGGCUGGACGCUGACUGGGUGCAAUGCAUUUUCCCGCAACACAAAGACCAUGGGCGCCUACGCAGUUGACGACACCUGUGUUGUAAUCAAUCCAAAAGGUGGAAAAGGAGCUGCAGCAGUUGCGAUCUGUUGUCAAAACAAACAUAUGGAGAACAAUCAUAAUUCAAAUUAUAGGUGAAUUGGCUCAAGACAUUUUUGCUUCUGUUACAUGUAUUUUUUUUUUUUUAUUACUCAUUCACAAUCCCUGAACUCUCUCAGGUAGAAGAAUAUUCUGUUUGCUUUCAAACCCAAUUUAUAUUGGGUCCAAAUAUACAGAAUUCUGCAUAUAUUUUGUUUUUUGUCUUGUUUCUUGUAUUUUUAGUUACAAAAUAUUGGUGUAGCUUAAAAAUGCUCACGGCAGAACCCACAAAGUUGAAUUUUUACCAUGUCACAGUAUUGUUUUAUUACCCCCUGAGUUGUAUGUGAGAAUUGUGGAAAAUAGGCUGAGCCCUUUCUUUGACAUCAUGGGUGCACUUCCCAGGACAAAUAUAUACAUGAAUAUGACCAUAUAGUAUGAAUACCGUAAGCCUAUGUAUGUCAUAUGCACUUGAUGGUCAGACACUUGACUUGUUACAAGUGGUCAUUUGGUAAAUAAGACCCAAGGACAAUAUAAUCUGACUACUCAACAUGUGAGUUAACAUAUAGUGAAGAUAUAUAACAUCAUUUUUUGUAUGGUUUUAUUUUGUACCUUAGAUAUAUUUAUUUGUGAUUUAUAGAAACAUGUAUUUGUACAACAGUCACAUUUUCAGUAAAAGAAAUACAUCAUGAUGUGUAUGUCGCACUGUGUGGUUCUUUCAAUUGGGUAAAGGCAUAAAGGUGAACAUGUUUUGUUUGCAUUGAAACAUAUGGAAAUCCAUUCAGUACACCUG